AUGGCAGCCAAACCAUUCGUACUCCGAGCCGCUUUCGGUUCUGAUAACUUCUUUCGCGAUGCCUACAAGUACGACCUCGAUCAUAUCUACGAGUGGAUGGACAAGGUCUGCAACAAGGACGAUCCCACCGGGGGUCCUGCUUCCCAAGAUGACAAAACUCUUGCAUUGCUCCAGGAUGUUUGCAGACAGUUGAAGGCUCUAUCCCUGCCUAGUGGAACCAAGUUCAAGGAUCCCAAGCUGGCACCGAAUUCUCACUUCCUACGAAGCUUCUUUAAAAAGCCAUGGGAUAACGAAAAGGGCUCGCCGACAUCACUGUUCGAUGUUGUCAAGUGGCCCGUGACAUUCCGAGGUCCUGCGUACUGGGAGAAGUUGCUCCCAUGGUGGAAUCCGUACGAUCUUCUCGGUCUUUUUCUCGCACUUCUCGGUCCAACCGAUCAAGGGGCGGACAAGAACAAUUUCUUUCUACCCCUAACGGCUGUCUACGGCAGGUGGUGUGCCCGCAUUGCCGGUCGCGUUCCCGGUGAUACCAGCAGCGGCGCUGGAGAUUGGCCGUACAUGUUCCAGUGCACAUGGCACGAGGAACGCUACAUUCCCACAGGGGGCGUUUGGUACUUUCUUGGGGCCUCCACGGCAGGUGAUGAGUGGGAUGAGAAUACGGUUGGUUUGUGGAGGAGUAGAGUGCAGCUCCAGCGGUUUGAUAUGCUGUACAACGGCAUGGACAUCAAGGUGCUGGAACCGUCCGACUUUCGAAAGCACGCCUCCAUCGAGCAGAAGACGGCGGCAGGGUCAAAUAAUCAGUACGGAAACUGCGCAGAGUCGUAUCCGUUUGUGAUAAAAAUACUAGUGGGGGGACGACGAAACAACGACAUGUACGGUCUGGCGCUUCAAAGGAAGUAUAUGACGAUGGAAAACGCACCCGAGGAGUACCAGGACUAUUCCACCGGCGUCAUUUGGCGCAACCUCGUCGGGCCUUGCGCGAACUGCGCCCAUCUCAUUCAGGGGGUCGGCUUGAAUGGGGCAAACUUUGCCAAGAACUUGGGCAAAGGUGAAGCUCCCAAGAAACCAAAGCCGCCCAAGGGUCCCAGUGAGAUGGUCUAG